AUGGAAGGCCUAAAAAGGGUUUCUAGCAUGAGGAGGUGCUCCAAUGUUGUUAAAACCAAAAUUGUCAACAACUUGAAUCCAAUUUGCCAUGCUGGUCAACAAUUGACACUCAAGGGCAAGUUCUUCAUUACUCUCACUCAGGAUCAAAGAAAAUCAAUACCUGGAAAAUUCAUUUCUGUUCAGAUUUACAGUGGCACAGAAGUAGAUCCAAUAACAGGGAAAGGGAAGCUAAGUGAGAAGGCAGUUCUGAAACAUGAUGGGACAAAAAAACAUGACAAUGGGGAUGCAAAAACCAUGAUAUAUAAAAUUAGAAUAAAUGUUUAUUCACAUUUUGGAACACCAAGAGCUUUUUUGAUACAGAACCGAUACAAGAAGAGAUUCUUCCUUCAAUCUGCAUCAAUUGAAACUUGCAACAAUCAUAUCAUUCACUUUGAUUGCAAUUCUUGGGUGUAUCCAAUCAAGAAGACCAAAUCCGAUAGACUCUUCUUCUCAAAUGCUUGCUAUAUUCCAAGUGAAACGCCAAGGGCACUAAUGGAAUUAAGAAAGGAAGAGCUUGAAAGAUUGAGGGGCGAGAGUGAUGUAAAUAGUGAAAGUGAAGAAAGGAAGGAAUGGGGAAGAAUAUAUGAAUAUGAUUGCUAUAAUGACCUUAGUGACCCUGAGAAAGGUGCUGAAUAUCUUAGACCUAUAUUGGGUGCUUCUUGGUUAUAUCCAUAUCCUCGUAGACUAAGAACAGCUCGCAAGCCUAGUGCCUCAGGUCCAGCAAAUGAGAGCCGGCCAAGGAAUUUUGAGAUAUAUGUUCCUUCAGAUGAGAGAUUUAGUCCAAAUAAAAUGAAGGAACUGAAAUCAAAUUCUAUACAUGCUCUUGCACAUUUCUUGUCACCCAAGGCAGCAGAACCAUUACUUCAUCAACAAUGCUCCAAAAGCUUUGAAUCAUUUGAAGAUAUUCUUGACUUGUUCUCUGCCUCUAGGAACCAAAGAAUUGAAGGGUGGGUCAGAGAUAACUUAAACAAAAUGUUACCAAUUCAGAACUUAGAGGAAAUUAUUCGUCUAAUCAAGAAUAAACCAUUACAACUUCCUAUACCUGAAAUAUUAUCUGAAAAUGCAUGGGUUUGGAAAGAUGACAUUGAGUUUGGAAGACAAAUGCUGGCUGGAACCCACCCUAUCAAAAUCCAAUGUUUGAAGACACUCCCAACUCAGAGUUCAAUAAAACCAUCAUUCAUAGAACAGAGGCUUGAAGGAUGGACAAUUGCUCAGGCACUGAAGCAUGGAAGAUUAUUCAUGCUUGAUCACCAUGACUACCUGUAUCCAUUUCUGAACAGAAUAAACAUAAAUGGGGUAUGUGCCUAUGCAUCAAGGACAUUCCUAUUCUUAAGGAGUGAUGGGAUGCUUAAGCCUAUGGCUAUAGAACUUAGCUUGCCAGGCUCAUCUAUAAGCAAGGGAAUCAGCAGAGUGUUUUUCCCAGCCAAACAGGGAAUAGAAGCAGCUCUUUGGCAGCUUGCUAAGGCUCAUGUUCAAGCUAACGACACAGUUUAUCAUCAACUUAUUAGCCAUUGGUUACACACCCAUGCAGUUGUUGAACCAUUUAUCAUUGCCACCAAAAGAAGGCUAAGUGUGAUGCACCCAAUUCAUAGGUUAUUGAAUCCUCAUUUCAAAGACACAAUGCAUAUAAAUGCCUUAGCAAGAAUUAUCCUUAUAAAUUCAGGAGGAGUUCUUGAGAGAACACUAUCAUCUGGUGAAAUCUCCAUGCAAUUAUCUUCUGAGCUCUAUAAAGAGUGGAGAUUUGAUGAACAAGGACUUCCUGCUGAUCUAAUCAAAAGGGGAAUGGCUAUAAAAGAUGAAAACAACCCAAGUGGGGUUCAACUUCUCUUGCAAGAUUAUCCCUAUGCAACAGAUGGGCUUGAAAUUUGGGUAGCCAUAAAGAAAUGGGUGAAGGAUUUGUGUUCAUUCUACUACAAAGAUGAUGAGUCAAUUAGGUCAGAUGUUGAACUUCAAUCUUGGUGGUCAGAGAUCCGAACCAUUGGACAUGGUGACAAGCACAAUGAGACAUGGUGGUACCAAAUUGACACAACCUCAAGUCUUGUUGAGUCACUAACAACCCUAAUUUGGGUAGCUUCUGCCCAGCAUGCUGCCAUAAACUUUGGACAAUAUGCAUACAAUGGAUACCCUCCAAAUAGGCCUACAUUGUGUAAGAAAUUUGUCCCAAUGGAAGGUACAAUCCAGUUUGGUGAGUUUCUGAAGGACCCAGACAAAUACUUCCUAAAGAUGUUGCCAAAUAGGUUUGAGAUGAGCCUUGUUGUAGCAUUGUUUGAUGUGCUCUCAAGGCACACCUCUGAUGAGGUCUACUUGGGCUGCCAGCUGUCACCUGGUUGGAUAGACAGUGAAUCUAUUCAAAAUAGGUUUGCAGAGUUUAAGGAAGAAUUGAAAGAGAUUCAGGCAAGGAUCUUGGAAAGAAAUAGAGAUCCUAAGCUUAAGAACAGGCGUGGACCAGCAAAGAUUGAUUACACUCUCUUAUAUCCUGACACCUCUAGUUCUUGGUCUAGAACAGGACUCACUUGCAGAGGGAUUCCUAAUAGCAUUUCAAUUUAA